AUGUCUGAGCUAACUCCUCCAAAUAAGACCCCGCCGAAUCAAAUAGGCAACAGCAAGACAGGUGGCACUAUCCAAACGCCCCAGAAAAUUCAAAAAAGGGAGGAACUGCCGCCCGGGGAAUCGGAACCCCCCGAAGUACGCGAUAAGCGCCGUCAGCGGCUGCUGAAAUGUCUCGGCGAUAACAUUGAGAAGGUUGAUCUGUUUGAUGACUUUGUCGAAUCGCUGGGCGUGAAGCAGCAGUAUGCCCGGUUCAUCAAGGAUUGGCCUGAUCUCUUCCUCAGUAUAGCCAGGGGGUCGCCAAUGGCUGAUAGCAAGGGCAUCUUAGCCAAUACAGAUCGCCCGGUUGAGGAGUUCAGCGAUUUCCCCAUUGCUGACGUGUUCAAAAGCAACUCGGGGAAAUUGAUGGGGUUGGCUAAGGAAGCUCGUUUGGUCAAAUAUUUUAUCUUCCUCUUCGACGCGAUGGUCAAUGCAGUUCGUGUCGCAAAUAGAGUUAUUUCAGCAGGCGAAACUCCAAUCCCAGACCACAGGCUUAAGCUGAAGGACCAUCAGACCAAGGUUAUACCAAAGACUCCGCACAAGCCAGACAUCGCGUUUUACUACAGAAACUACGCAGAGGAGAACGCUCAUUCCAUCCAUGCUAUACUCGAGGCUAAGAUGGAUCCAGAUCUCAGCGGACCCAUAGAGGAUACUCGUGGCCAGCUCGCAGAUUAUGGCCAUUUGCUCAACGAUAAGCAGGCAACCCGCACGUUUGCGCCUGUCUUCUACCUCCAUGGGCAUCUCCUGACGCUUCAUGCAUAUUAUCGUGGCGGGCUGUAUAUUAUCGAGCUCGGCCAGCUAUUCUUUGAUACUGGUCGUUGUACGUCUGACGGAGCUGAAGAUAUCCAGACAUGCCUCAUGCGGUUCUGGUUCCUGCUGACUCUUGAGUCGAACAUCUUCGGACAUUUCUGCGAUGUCUCGAAGAAAUCUAGCUCUUUCAUUUUUUCGCAGCAAGUCGAUGUGGAGAGCAAGGGCAAUUCGAAGAUCGAAGUCUUAUAUUCGGUUUCCCAGGAUGUCAAGGGUGUCAAGGAUGUCAAGGAUAGCGCUGCUCUAUUUUGUAUCAAGGAGACAAUAGCGCGUUAUUCAUACAUGAUUGGGCGCCAUGUCCAUUUAUUCCGGGGGAAAUUCAAUGGGAAGCAUGAUGCUGUGCUGAAGCUUUCCUGGACCCCAGUCAAUUGUUUGCCCGAGGGCGCUGCAUACGCCAUCCUCAACAAGAGACCAGUCGAAUGUAUUCCCAAGAUCUUUUCGAGUGGCCUGCUCAUCAGCGACCUUAAUGGAUACCGGCUGGAGUUUGUGCUCAUGGAGUACUGCGGCCAGUCAAUGGCCGAGUAUCUGAAAGUCAAGACUGACAAUCAGAAGGCUGAGCUGGUUCCUGGCUUUGUCAAGCAGCUGACCCUGUGUCUUGCCCAGGCAAAUGAUACCGGUGUCCUGCACAGGGACAUCUCAGCAGGAAAUGUGUGCGUCAAAAACGACAAGGUGUAUGUCAUUGACUGGGGCUGUGCCAAGGUCGUUGGCUGGGGCACUGCUGAGGAUGCUGCCAGGGACACUGGCCCAACUCAACUUAAACAUAUUGAGGUUGCCGAACAGUGGGGAUUCAAUGCAACAACAGUGGGACAAGUGGAGGUGGCCAAGGACCCAUUUACAGGGACGCCGCUUUUCAUGGGUAUUCCCAUGCUCAGCAGCAGCCCCAUCCGGGGAAUCCUCGACGACCUGGAGAGUGUUUUCUAUGUCGUUAUGGACGCAGUACGCUCAGCUAAUACUAAGAGGGAUGAUGUUCAGGGGUUCAAGUUCCUGGACAGCCAAAGCCUGGCUUUGAGUCGGUACAGCAUCAUGAUGGUUAAGGAAAAGUAUCUGGAAUUGUUUGGGAUAGGAAAUCCAGGGAAGAUAUUCAGGAACCUAUUCCACUCAAUGCGCCGGUUCUUAUUUGAACCGGGAAACCAGUACAUUAGCCACCAGCUCUGGUGGGACAGUAAAUUUGUCCGGCAGGCCAACUGGGAUGCUGCUCCUGAGUUUAUGCAUCCCAAGGCGGUUGAGCUCCUCAAAGAGGAUAAUGGCCAGUUUAAGCGACCAGCUGAGGACGAGAUCAAUGCUGGGUCAUUCAAGAAGCUAGCACUUUAG